UAAACCCCAAAAAAAAAAAAAAGAUAUUUUUUGCUAUAAAAUCCCACUUCACACUUCCUUCACAUCAACAAAACCUCUCUCUUUCACUUUCUCUCUAAAAACCAGAAAGAAAAAAAUGGAGGUUUCAUCGAGAAAGCCUUAUUUCAUCGAAGAAGAAGAAGAUGAUAAUUUGGCUUCUUCUUUAACAGAAAUGGAAGCUGGGUUUUCUGGUAACAAUAAUAAUCAUGGAAAUCCCCAAAACGGCGUCGUUUCAAGCCGUUUCUCUUACGUUAGAAUAAACAGUCUCAGGAACACUUGUAAUAAUUAUUACAAUCAAUACUCUGUUUCGUCUCCGAGAUCUGUUGUGUCUGGAAGAUUUCAUGAUUUCAGAUUCGAUAAUCAACAACCUCAUUUCUUGGAUUCGUGUUUCCUCUGUAAGAAACCUCUUGGUGACAACAGAGACAUCUUUAUGUACAGAGGAGACACACCGUUUUGCAGUGAAGAGUGUAGACAAGAACAGAUAGAGAGAGAUGAAGCAAAAGAGAAGAAACAGAAUUUGUCUUAUUCUGUGAAAUCAGCUAUGAGGAGGAAAGAACAAUCUUCCCCAACUAGAUCUCGUGAUUAUGCUUUUUACAAUGGAACUGUUGCUGCUGCUUAAAUUAUAUAAAUCCAGACUUUGGUUAUUACGUAAGUAUUAAUUAGGUUAAGAAAAAAAGAAAGAAAGAAUAAGCUAUAUUUUAUCUAACGCUAUGAAGCUGGUUUUGUUUUGGAUUCUCUCUCUCGAGAUCUUGAGAUCUUUUUAACUUUAGCUUCAAGUCUUGUGAAAAGAGGAAAGCUAAAGAUCCUUUAAUUUUCUUUUCUUUUUUUGUAAGAGGAAAAAGAGUUUCUUGACUUGAAAUUUUGGGAGUAUGAGAAGAGAAAAUGUAAAUGCCUAUGUGGAUUAUGUCCAUGGCAUGUUUGAGUAAAUUUUCUUGUUUUUUCUACUUCGGUAAAAUUGUCUUUCGAGGAAUAUACAGAUGUAAAAUCGAAUUAAUAUGUUGAAUGAACCAUGAGAAUAUAUACGAGAAAAAAAAAA